GAGGUCUAUAAAAAUACCUAACAAACUAAAUGGCAGAGCAAUAACAUUUGAGAUUAACAAUAUUUAUUAUUAUUUAAACGAAUACGAAAGAAAAUGCUCAGAUGUCCAGUGGAGGGAUGUAACUUUUCCACUCAAUAUAAAUUGCAACUACAGCUCCAUGAGAUCGUACACCAAAACACCGAUUUUAAAUAUUAUACGUGCAGGCUGUGCGAAUACAGCAGCCCUAAAAAACAUAAUGUUCAAAGGCAUAUGGCCGUGAGACACUAUGGUGGCGAACAAGUGCAGCUACACCCAUUUAUGGAUCCGCAAGCCCAUCCCCCAGAAGAGGAACAUCGGGAACAGAGAAUAAUCUUCGAGGAACAAUUUCAAUGCAGUUUUUGUCAUUACAGAAGCACCAGAAAGUUGAAUGUAAUAAAUCAUCAGAUCUUAAGACACAAUAGCAACGACGAUGCAACUAACCCGGAGCAUCAGGAAGUAUCAGUACCAAAAUCAAGACCAGUUGAUUCAGAGCUAGAAAUAAUGGUUGUAAAUAGUUAUCAAUGCAGCCGUUGUGAUUAUACAAGUUCCAAGAGACAAAAUGUAAGAAGGCAUAUAAACAGAAGACACAAUAACGUUGGAGUUGUGCUCACAGAGUCAUCAAAUGACCUGCUAAGGCCAUAUAGUGGGAUGCUAAAUUCAUAUUGUCGCAGAUCUGAGCCAAGCCCAGAGACAUCGGAUAAAAUAAUCUUUGAGGAACGCUUUCAGUGUAGCGUCUGUGACUAUAGGAGCACCAACAAGGAAGAUGUUUUGCGGCAUCAGUCUUUGAGACACGAUAUAAAUGAUGAAGUUCCCGAUGACUUCCACUGCAACAUGUGCGAUUAUUUCUCCAACAAGAAGCAUAAUCUAUUAAGGCACAAGUCUGCGAGACACCGUCGCAUAGCCGAUGCCAAGAAGGAAGAGUCAGGAUUCAAGGAGGAAGAUUCAGGAAUCCAGGAAGAAGAAUCAGACUCAAGAGGGUUCGAGGAUGAACCUGCAAAGCGUCUCUUACUUGCAGAAUGUGGUCUUAUAUGGAACUCUGAAACCUCGUCCAAGAAAGAUGAGUGUUCGUCUAGCGAUCGGGACACGCCGAUAAGUAGUUAACUAAGAAUACCAAUUGUUUUCAUAAUUAUUUAAUGUACAGCGUAGGUCCAACGAGGCGAAUAUGCAAAUAUGGACCAAUAACGAUGGGAAAUAUUUUUCUAAAAAAAAAACGAGAUAUAAAUCAAAAGUGAUUUUGAAUUACGUCUCUUAUAUGAUUAAAAACCAAAAUGUGAAUAAUAAAUUGGGAAUUUCUCCCAUUUAAGAACUACAA